CAAAUCCAGAUCCAUCGGAAGGUGGUAAAAAAUAUGUACGAUCAUUAUGUGCAAUGUCUACACCAGUAGGUCUAGAUGUUAGCCAGAGCUUCAAGGAUGUGCUUUGCAACAUGGCAUAUAAUGAAAUUUCUGCCAUAGUUAGGAGUGAUAGAUGUAUCCUUCAGUUAGGACAGCAUUUCUUCAAUAAAAUAGGAUCAGACAAGGGCAAGCAUGAUUACAUAAGGCAGAAACUUAGAGAGAUCGGUAGACUUCUGCAGGAAGCACGAAAGUGCACACCACUGCGCAACAUGGAAGAUUUUGUUAUUCCGUCCAACUUCCCUCAUGUGGUUAAAGCUGUGAAAGUAGUAGCUGGCUACAAUGAAGAAACACAUUCAUACCAAAUUCCAUCACUGGCUAUGAAACUUGGUCAUUCUCUUAAGAAAAUUGCGAGCAUUGUUGAGAGCAAUGCCACAAUUGUUGGAGAUAAUGAUCUAGCAAAAUCUGUUCGUCGUUACCUUCAAGUACAUCAAGCUAAGUGGAGUGAGUGCAUAUCUAGCUGUGCCUUAACUACACUAAGGGAAGCAAAGUGGAACACACCUCAGCUGCUGCCCUUUACUCAAGAUGUGAAACUGUUGCACUCACACCUGGAAAAAAAGCAAGAAGAAAUGCUUAGGCUACUUAAGAUUUGUCCUUCACGAGACAGCUACACUGGACUAACCAAGGUUACCCUCACGCAGGUCAUCCUUUUUAACCGGAGAAGAGAGGGUGAGGUCUCAAAAAUGCACAUGUCCAUCUUUGCAUCAAGAAACAAAAAAGAACUUCAUGAUGAUCUUGCCAUCUGCAUGUCGGACUUUGAAAGAAAACUGUGUCAACACUUUAUGCGUCUUGAGAUUAGGGGCAAGCGAGGUAGGAAGGUUCCUGUUCUUUUAAAACCUUCCAUGGUUCAUUCCAUGGAGCUCCUGAUGGAGUUCAGAGAACAAUGUGGUGUUCCAACAGAAAACCCUUUUUUGUUUGCUCGACCGGGGGCACUUUCUGCAUACCGUGGCAGGGACUGCAUACAGCAGUUUGCCAAAGAAUGUGGUGCUAAACAACCGGAAGCAUUGUCAUCCACUAAACUUCGCAAACACAUUGCCACGAUGUCCAAAGUUUUAAAUCUUGAAGAAAAUGAAGCAGACCAGUUGGCUGACUUUUUGGGCCAUGACAUCCGUGUCCACAGAGAAUAUUACCGCUUGCCUGAAGGAACACUUCAACUGGCAAAAAUGAGCAAAGUGUUAAUGGCAAUGGAAGAAGGAACUCUUUCAGAUUUCAAAGGGAAAAAAUUGGAUGAAAUUGAAAUCAACCUAGAUGAAAAAAUCGACCCAAGAACCAUUGAUGACUCAUCUAGUUCUGAGGAAGAGGAACCUGACAAACAGAAUGAUGGUCUGUCUGAAGAUUAUAGAUCUUGUGAUGUACAGAAUUUGUCUGUUGACUCUACUCAGUCUCACAGUGAAGGUGUGGAUGUUGGUCGUGGUGGCGGCAAAGCAUCAUCCAAGCGAACAUGGAAUGUUGAGGAAGUAAAAGCUGUUGAGAGACAUAUGAUGAACUUUAUCAGAAUUUGUAGAGUUCCUGGAAAGAAAGAGUGUCUUCAGUGUCUCAAUGCAGAACCUGAAGUUCUUAAAAGCAGAACAUGGACUGGGGUUAAAUUCUACAUAAAAAAUAGAAUAACAGCAUUAAAGAGAAAAGGUAUGAUGUAAUUCAAAGAACAAAAGAGUUUAUGUUAAGGUUGAAAAAUAAUAAUACAGUCUUAUUUUUUUUAGAACAGUAGAGUUGAGAGCUAUACGAAGCUUCAUAUUUUCACUCAGCCCUCACGUCUUUAUAUUUCAAACAGCAGCUAUUUUUUUAAGUUUUAAAAAAAGUUAUGACUGUUUAUGAUUUUGAAAUGUAUAUUCUUAUGUCUUGUUUAAUGAAAGAUGCCAAUUUAUACCUGUGUGUAUAUAUGUAUACCUACAUAUGUACAUAUAGGAUGGAAAAAACAAUAAAUAAAAGUUCUUGUUAGUCACAAGUUUUUGUCCCUAUUUAUCCAUUUGUAAGGAUGGAUAAUAAUAGACUGCUUAUUUUCUGCAAUAUUUCCAUUGCACAUUAACACUUUAUUUUCCUGAUCAGCUCUAUAAAUUCAUGUUUCCCGACCGUGUUAUAAAUAGCAAACAACUUACAAACUGUUCCUAAAAAUCAUAAAACGCAUUAGAUGCUUUUUUCAAAUUGUAAACAAUGAGAAUUACAUUUUAUUGUAAGUUCUUCUUGACAACUUCUUUUCUGUCCUCAUUUGGGGAAAAUGUCCUCAAAUUAGUGCUGAACUGGAGUUUGUGUGUGUGUGUCGCCAUGUCCUCAAAAUUCACCUAAAAAAUACAUGACCUCAUUUGCAAGGGUUUUUUUCAUACUUUUAAAACAGGAUUUUUUUGGAAAUUUCAACUGAUGGGCGUGUAUACGGCAUGCGUAUUAGCCAUGUUUAGCAAUAAUUUUGGUUCCAAAGCACUGGGAAAACCUUGUCCCCAAAGUGAGGGUGUUCUGACAUAGGUCCCCAAAAGUGAUCUAUGCGCGUAUGUGUGUGUGUGUGUGUGUGUGUGUGUGUAUGUGUGUGUGUGUGUGUGUGUGUGUAUGUGUGUGUGUGUGUGUGUGUGUGUGUGUGUGUGUGUGUGUGUGUGUGUGUGUAUGUGUG